AUGGUUGACGAGGUGGAGCUACUGGACGUUAACCCGACGUCAGCGUCGUCCAGCAGCUCCGAGGACGAGUCUCCUGUAUUAACUGCGAAGGAAAAACAGAAGCAGUCCAUACAGGAGGUGCGGCGCAGCCUGCCUGUGUACCUAUACAGGGAGGCGCUGCUGCAGGCCAUACAGGAGCACCAGGUUCUGAUCAUCGAGGGCGAGACAGGUUCGGGGAAGACGACGCAGGUGCCGCAGUACCUGCACGAGGCGGGCUACUGCGAGGGCGGCAAGAGGGUCGGCUGUACGCAGCCCCGACGUGUGGCCGCCAUGAGUGUGGCCGCCAGGGUCGCCCAGGAGAUGGACAAGAAGCUGGGCAAUGAAGUCGGAUACUCCAUCAG